AUGGCCUCUGUCCAAUUCAGAGUAUUCAAAAAGAGCUCACCUAAUGGAAAGAUUACUGUUUAUUUGGGAAAGAGGGAUUUUGUAGACCAUGUGACUCAUGUUGACCCUAUAGAUGGUGUUGUGCUCAUUGAUCCAGAUUAUGUAAAGGAGAGAAAAGUUUUUGGACAUGUUCUAGCUGCCUUCAGGUAUGGUCGAGAGGACCUCGAUGUCCUCGGUCUUACCUUUCGAAAGGACCUCUACCUUGCUGCAGACCAGAUCUAUCCCCCUCAAGAACAACAAACAAAGAGGCCGAUAACCAGGCUGCAGGAAAGAUUGAUGAAAAAACUAGGACCGAACGCUUAUCCCUUCUACUUUGAACUACCUCCUCAUUGCCCAGCUUCAGUCACCCUGCAGCCUGCUCCCGGGGAUACAGGAAAACCAUGCGGUGUCGAUUAUGAACUGAAAGCAUUUGUUGCCGAGUCUCAAGAAGAUAAACCUCAUAAAAGAUGUGUUUGUCUUAGGAACUCUGUCAGGCUUGCUAUAAGAAAAAUAAUGUAUGCCCCAAGUAAACAGGGUGAGCAGCCGUCAGUCGAGGUGAGCAAAGAAUUCAUGAUGAGCCCCAACAAACUUCAUUUAGAAGCUUCGCUCGAUAAAGAGCUCUAUCAUCAUGGUGAAAGUAUAGCAGUGAACGUCCAUAUAGCAAAUAACUCCAAUCGAACAGUCAAAAAAAUUAAAGUUUCUGUAAGGCAGUUUGCUGAUAUUUGUCUCUUCUCCACAGCACAGUACAAAUGUACUGUUGCAGAAGCAGAGAGCGAGGCCGGAUGCCCAGUCGGCCCUGGCUUUACUCUCUCGAAGGUGUUCAUCGUGCGACCAACGUUGCAGAACAACAAGGACAAGCGUGGCCUAGCCCUCGACGGCCAGCUCAAGCACGAGGACACCAAUCUCGCCUCAAGCACCAUGUGA